AUGGACACCGAGUUCCUCCGAACCCUAGAUCGUCAGAUUCUCUUGGGUGUCUUCGUCGCUUUCGUCGCCGCCGGUGCCGGUGCUGCUUAUUAUCUCUCAUCCUCCAAAAAACGAAGAGGGUGUUUGGAUCCUGAGAAUUUCAAGGAGUUUAAGCUUGCUAAGAAGCAACAACUUAGUCACAAUGUUGCCAAAUUCAUAUUUGAGCUCCCAUCUCCUACCUCUGUCUUGGGUCUUCCUAUUGGACAACACAUCAGUUGCAGGGGCAAGGAUGCUCAAGGAGAGGACGUUAUUAAGCCAUAUACCCCGACAACGUUAGAUUCAGACACUGGACGUUUUGAAUUAGUCAUUAAGAUGUAUCCACAAGGAAGGAUGUCUCAUCAUUUCAGGGAGAUGCGUGUUGGAGACCAUCUUGCUGUCAAGGGACCAAAGGGCAGGUUCAAGUAUCAACCUGGUCAGUUUAGGGCAUUUGGAAUGCUUGCUGGAGGUUCAGGGAUCACUCCUAUGUUCCAAGUUGCAAGAGCGAUUCUAGAAAACCCAACAGACAAGACAAAGGUGCACCUCAUUUACGCCAAUGUCACAUACGAAGACAUUCUCUUAAAGGAAGAAUUGGAGAGUCUCACUGCCAAUUAUCCAGAUCAAUUCAAAAUUUACUAUGUUCUGAACCAGCCUCCGGAAACAUGGGAUGGUGGUGUUGGAUUUGUAACAAAGGAAAUGAUUCAGACUCAUUGCCCUGCACCAGCAUCAGAUAUUCAGGUUCUAAGAUGUGGACCACCGCCAAUGAACAAGGCCAUGGCUGCAAACCUUGAAGCUCUUGGAUACUCUCCGGAGAUGCAAUUCCAGUUCUGA